AUGUUCUUGGAUUUCAUUGCUUCACAGCUCGGCUUCCUCGAGUACAAUGAAGAGUCAAGCGUGUUUAUGCAGUUCCCUGAGGAAACCAGGAAAGUGCUGGCUGGCGAGAUCGUGCGCGUGCUGAUCGGGAACUCGCCGCUGCCGGGCGCGACCCUGAAGAGCGCCAACCACGUACGCGUCAUCAUGGAGAUUGUAGGCCAGUCCUUCGGCCUGCCCAUCAAGGUCGAGACAAUCGACAUCAUUGCGGGCGCCACGGAGCUCUACCGGAGGUGGCUGCUGGGUGACGACGAGCGCCUCAUCCCUCCGCCCAUCAAGGACGACUUCGAAGUCCACCAGUACUUCUUCAAGCAAAUGUUCAACCACUUCUCUCUGCUGUUCCAACCGCAAGCCGGGGAGGAGGAGCAGAAGGACGGAGGAGGCGAGAGCCUGCUCAACCACCACGUGCGACUGUGCGAGAACGUGCUCGAGAUCUACGCCAACGUGGGCAGCGAGGUGCCGCUGAAGGAGGACACGUGGGAGCACUUGCUCAAGGUGGUGCUCGGCAUCACCGAUUCCCUGCUCGGCCAGCCCAAGGGCAGCGACCUCCUGGCCGAGCGUCUGUGUCCCUCCCUGCUCAAGGUCCUCUUCAGCCUGUGGCUGCGCUCGGGCAUGAUUGGAGUCAUGUGGGACAACCUGCGCGACCUCAUCUGGCACUGGCGCCACCGCAUGCCUGCCAUCAAGCAAUGGAACGCAGUGGUGCUGGGUUUGACCAAUCGCAUCACCCGCAUCAUGUAUGGCCCAACGGUCGGCACCAGAAACAUUGUCAUUUCCAUCGACGGCGACACGACCGAAAUCAACGACUCGGCCGACCACUACGUCGUCUACGCCUGGCAACGGAUGCUGCGUCUUUUGGGCGACCUGGAGACCAUCCCCAUCCCCGCCAACUACCUGGAGGCGAUCAAGGGCGUCGGGCAGGUGGCCAACCAACUCCUCCAGAUCGGCCAGAAGGACCUCGACCCCGAGUCGAAGCUGCUCCAGCCCGAUGGCAACACGAUCCUCCACAUUGUGGGCGCCUUCAUCUUCGAGGCCAUCAACAACUACCGCGAUGGGUUCGAAAAGGGCAAGGCCGCGGCACUGGAAGCUGCGCUGAGCAUUCUCAGCAGCCGCAGCAGGACCAAAUUCAACCCCCUCUACCUCGCCUACUUCUAUCGAGGCUUGGAGAAGGCGCUCUCGACGGAACACCCGCUGCUGGUGUCGACAGUGAUCCUCCACUCGACGGUGAAUCUGUUCCAAUCGGAGUUCCCGGGCUCGCACGUGCUGAUCCCGACCUACAUCCACGCCAUCGGCCGCAUCCUGCCCGAGACCGGCCACGGCGCCAUCCUCCGCAACGCCUGCAUCCGCAUCCUGGGCUGCUUCACGUGCUACCCCGAGCACUUUGCGCGACUCAUCUUCUCCCGCAACAACACCACCAUCAAGAAGCCCCUCGUCAAGACCUACGAGGAGAUGAUCGCUCCGCUCAACGCCAUCAUGCUGGGCGGACUCAAGGUGGAGCUGGACCCAGGCAAUCUGCAGGCCUUCCUGUGGGUGGCGUCGGUCUACGCCAAUGCCAGCAUCGAAUACAACACUUCCUUCUGCGAUGGCCUCAUCCGUUCUAUUCUCCAGAAGAUCGUCACCGUCGGCUUCCCUGGCUGGACGGACGAGGUGAUGCUGACCUGCUUCCAGAUCCUGACCGACCUGUCGUGCGUCCACCAGUUCCUGGUGGAGGAGACCGAGGAGAACGGCCCCACUCGCCCCCGUGCAGGCCUCAUCAGGCAGCGCCUCACCCUCGGCUCGUUCUCGAACGCGUCGAACCAUUGUGGCAUUCUGCUGGUGACGACCUUGUGCAAGUUCUUCGAGAUCCGCUGCGCUGUCCAGUGCGCUCCCGCUCCCCCGCUCGAGGAGCUCGUUGUCAAGACAUGGAUCAUGACCGGCGACUGGAUUCUGAGGAAUGCUGGCCUCUUCAAGACCGUCCUGUCCAUCAUCGAAAAGUGCCGCGGAGAUGUGAAGGGCUACCACGCUCCCACGUACAAGAUCAAGGAGGCCGCCUCGAGCAUGCUGUGGACCAUCGUCAACCAGCACGGCCAGUUCCCUCCGCCCAUCGGCCCCUCCAACUUCUCUUCCCUCCCCUCGGAGGCGGACCUGCUGACGCACAGCAAGCUGACGUCGAAGAACAUCACGUGCUUCCUGUUCAACAAGACGUUGAUGUCGGUGAUCCGCGAGCCUCGCUCCUACGGGCGCAUCGCCGUCACCAUCAUUCUCCGCGACCUCUCCGGCAAGUUCGUGUGGAACGCCAACCUCAACUACUUCCCCUGCGUGCCGGAGCACAUCUCAGAACCCGGCGUCAAGCCUCCGGAGAAGGACCCGCUCGAGGCCCUGCCGGCUCCCGACCCGGUGGAGUACCUGGACGAACUGAUGGCGUACCUCACGGAGGAGGAGCGGAAGAAGCAGGACGCCGUGCUCAGCCUCGCGAUCCAGCGCGUCAAGGAGGAGGCGGCCCACCUCCGCAAGACCUCGUUCGGCCACACGGACAACACCGUGCACAGGCCGCGCCUGCCGCCGCAGGACGUCGAGAGCGACACCACCGCCUCGCGACUCCUGCUCGCCCACGUGGGUCUGCUGUCGAUGGAGAACCGCGGCGCGUUCUCGCUGCUGCAGUCCGACGCGUCGAAGCCCUUCAAUUUCCUCCAAAACUUCAAGAACAUCGACUCCACGGCCGAGCGCGAGUGCCUGCAGAUCGGCGUGAUCUACGUGCCUAAGGGCGGCAUGUCCAUGCAGCAGAUCUUCGACAACGAAAAGGGCUCGCAGGACUACUUCGACUUCCUCUCCUCCCUCGGCUGGGCGGUCGACCUCAACACCCACACCGGCUUCACCGGCGGGCUCGACCCCAAGGCCACCGGUGACCUGACGCCCUACUACGCGGAUCUGUACACGGAGGUGCACAAGCGUCGCCUCGUACUGAGCGACCGCGUCCUCAUCUCUUGGGUCGAGGACGUCGCCGAAUACAGCAUCGAUCUGCUCGAGGAGUGCAAGGCGGCGGUGAACAUCGUGAUCAACCCGUUGCCGUCGGGUCUUUACCGGGUGCGUAUCAUCAACAAGCACGGCAAGGUGCGCGAUGUGGGUCCGCUCGUGGACGAGAUGAUCGUCAGCAAGCACAUCCUGUCCUUCCUCGUCCGCCUGGACAAGGAGGCCAUCCAGCCGCUGGUCAUGCGCAAGCAGCAGAUCGACGACUUUGUCCGCAAGCACAAGAUCGACGUCUCCCUCUCCAAGUUCUACGCCUCCCAGUUCUCCAUGGCCAAGAGCUGA